AUGCUCGUCCUGCCAAGGGCCGCUCAACCAACAGCGUUGCCUCCUAGCGAGCCUGUUGACUCGACCGACCAAGUCCGCAAUGCAAACCAUAUAUUCAACGCCGUCCACUCGUCAAUGAGACAAUGGGGGUCCUCCAUCUAUCACAACGGCAUGUCAUUUUUCCCGGCCCUGGUUCCAGCAGGAAUACAGUUCUAUCAUGGCAACCCCAACCAAGAGCCCGUCCAAGGCCUGGAAUGGCUAGCAUUCGAGCCUGAACAUGCUAUCAUUUUUGCAAGAAGGUUUCACAGGCCGUAUGAAGCCCUGCUGCCACAGACCGGGAAAGGGACAGAGAUUAUGAACCAGCCCAGUUUCGAAAGAAUAAGCUCCUCUGCCCUGAAAGCCGCAAAGUUCUCUCCAAAUUCAAUGACUGAAAGCCAUGAUCGCCAUUCCAUACUCGAAAGGCCCGAUAUCCCUCAGGUCGACCCCGGGUGGCUUCACACAUACCGAACGAAAGAAGCAACGCCCCUGCUCUACAUUGACGGUAUGUCAGCCGGCAAAUGUGACAAAGGCACCCUCGAUUCUCAAGAUGUAUUGCUUUUGAAUGCUAGCUCCGACGGUGGCGGUAUGCUAUGGGAGAGAAAACGGGCGGAUGGACUCUGCAAAUUGGCAUAUGAGCGUUGGAACGGGAAGAUCAAGGGGUUUAUUCGCAUGGAGGCUGGUUUCGAGAUCAUCAUGUGCUCGUUCUCUGACUCUUUGGAUUUCGUGCAAUCGGUCAGGGCCGGUCAAUUAUCUCCAGAAGGGGCCGCGCCAGAUACCUCCGAGAAAAGCUUCGACUGGGCAAUAUGGAAAUGGAUCAAGUUCGUAGCGGCACGGUAUGACGGCAUUGGGGGGAGGAGAGUGAGAUUGGACUAUGAUCAUUUUUUUACGGCAUACACAUAUGAUUUCGACCUUUUCUCAGGCGAGACCGACUUGCCUAGGCUGGAAAACACUUCGGCCGUAGCUCUAGAUAGAGCCCGGGAUGAUGUCGACAAAAUGGUGCGGUCAUGGGAUCCUCUCAAUACCUUGGAUGAGAAGAGCCAAGUCGACUGGCAGAGCAUUACAGACAUGGUGGUUGAACGCUAUGCUGGAGUACUGAAAUACCUGCUGGGAGGCAAAUUGACGAAAGUUGAAGACCUUUUGGAGGAGCUGGAACUGAUUCUACGUGUCUUUAUCGACUCAGACGCACGGAACAAGACGGCCGAGGUGGAUCGCUGUGUAGCCCAGUUCAAUCCGGUCGAAGGUCGCAUCUCGACCUCGAUCGUAGGGGGCUCGAUCCGAGCUGUGACGAGGGAAAUCUGCGAGACACUAUUCGCCGCGUUCAAUGCGGACGUAACGCUAUCACAGGCAAUGGAUAAGUUGCGGUCGCUCACCAAAUACCUGGAUUGGUCGGUGUGGAAAAAGUGUCCUCAGUGCGCGUUCAAUGAGGUCUGUUUUAUACCAAUGUGGCCAUUCGGCACGGCGGAAGAUCGGGAGCACCCACGCUGUAGAAAUUCCAGUGAGUCGAGUGGGAGAAUGGGCUACUGGGGAAAUCCUCGUUCCCGUUGGAAUUGA